AGGUAAUGUGGUAUUAUUCCUGUCGGUUUAUUUUAUCCCCCGGUUUCACAGACAAGGCUUGAGGCUAGUCCCACAAAUGCAUAUCUGGGCUGGUUUACUUAAAGAAACUUGCACUGACAUCUCUUAAAAUAUAGACAAAUGGAGCGUGUGUUAGGUUUAGGCGUUGGGCCAUUGGCAGCUGGGACUGUGGGGCUGCUGAUUUUGCUGAAAGUGAUCCAGAGAUUGAGACACAAGCAGAAUCUACAGGAUAAAGUGGUGGUGAUCACUGGAGCCAGUUCAGGCCUGGGCAAAGAGUGUGCACGGGUUUUCCAUGCGGCAGGGGCCCGACUGAUCCUGUGCGGACGGGACCAGAAGAGACUGCAGGACGUUGUGGAGGAGCUCAGAAACACAACCAAUGGAAAGAUACAGACUUACUCUCCCUGCACGGUCACCUUUGACCUCUCCAGCACAUCUCUGGUGUCCAGCGCCGCCGAGGAGAUUCUGAAGUGCCACGGUCACGUCGAUGUCCUCAUCAACAAUGCAGGCAUUAGUUACCGUGGCAACAUCCUGGACACCCAUGUAUCAGUUCAGCGAGAUGUCAUGGAGACUAACUACUUCGGUCCUGUUGCUCUUACACACGCCCUCCUGCCUUCGAUGGUCGACAGACGCAGUGGACAUAUUGUUGUCAUCAGCAGUGUGCAGGGAAAGAUCUCCAUACCGUACAGAUCUGCGUAUUCUGCAUCUAAGCACGCGACGCAGGCCUACUUUGACUGUUUGAGGGCAGAGGUCGACAGGUUCGGCCUGCAGGUGUCUGUCAUCAGCCCUGGUUACAUCAGAACAAACCUGUCCAUCAAUGCAGUCACGGGGGACGGCUCGAAAUAUGGAGUAAUGGACAAAACCACAGCGAAGGGGUCGGAUCCAGUGGACGUGGCGCGUGCUGUUCUGAAAGCUGUCUGUCACAAACAGAAAGACGUGGUUUUGGCUGGGCUGCUGCCUACUGCAGCCGUUUAUCUGCGUACACUGUGGCCCGCUCUCUACUUCAGACUGAUGGCUUCACGGGCCGUGAAAGAACAGAGAGUGAAGGAGGAAUAAGAGAAAACAGUAUUAAAGCAACACUAUGUAACUUUUUCUGUGUUCAAAAAUUAGCAAAACGUAUAUAAUGAGCGAGUACAUCAUAAAUUCAUCUACCAAAUCACUACGGUACAUUUAAUAUAAUAAGUGAUUUAUCUUCAGACUAUUGUAGCCUGUUUGGGUCGUCACUGCUGCGGAGUAACAAAUACCUGCGUGUAUCGCCAUAGACAUAAGGUGCGUCACAAAAUGCGUACUUAUGCACUAUUCUGUGACGUUUAAAUACCUGGAUGACUGAAGGUUUCAGAGCUAAAAAGUCUCAUUUUAAUGUCUAAAAGGAAAUGUAUUUAAUAAAUAUUAAGGUUAAAAAUGGA